AUGGCCCCCAACCUCUUCCUGUGCAUACGCACCCUCUGCUGCCCGACCUACUGGUUUUCCCGAGGCGAGCGCAUUGACGGCGCCGUCAAUCGCGAGCAACACUGGGAGACUCCUGUCCCGGGAACUUACAAGUUCUUCCCGAGUCGUGGCUGGCAUCUCGUCCAGCGUGACGGAUGCGACCAUGAGGAAAAAGUCCCUGCCGCUCUGGUCUACUGUCGCAUCCUCCACCGCUACAUGUUCGAGUCCGAACUUGAAGAGCGCUGCCGCUGGUUCUCGGCUUCGCUGCACAAAGGCGCCCAGCCUGAGCAGCUGCGCUUCUUCCUCCUCGACGACGGCGUCCAUUGGGUCGCUGGCUGGGAUUCUCAAGGUCGCUUCAUCCCCGGACCUUACCCCAAGUGGUGGCUUGAAGAGGAUGGUGAGACUUUGCGCCGUGGCGUUUCUCCCCCUACGAGUGCCAACGUUUCUCGAUGCAGUAGCAUCAUCGCGGGCAAGUUGGAUUGA